AUGGAUGCUUCAAAUACCACGGACGGCAAUGUGACUUCCAACCUCGCACGACGUGAAAGCCUCGGUUCUCAGAACUCUCAGACAGCAAAAGAGUUUAUCGAGUCACAGAUUCGGCUUGAAGCUGAUGCGCGCGAAGUCCUGCCAUAUUCUUUUGAUUCAUGCACGUAUGCUCUAGGUCCAUUACGACAGAAUCUAUUUGCCUGCCUAACGUGCAAUCCUCCUCCCUCGAACCCCGAAGAUCCUUACACACCUGCGGCCGUUUGUUAUUCUUGUCAAAUAUCCUGCCACAGUGAGCACGAGCUAGUAGAGCUGUUCAAUAAGCGAAAUUUCGUUUGUGACUGCGGUACUACUCGCCUGCCAUCCCCAUGUACUUUGCGCGAGGAUCCAAAGACUGGUCAAAAGCCCGUCCAGUCGCAAGAGGCGGCUCCUGGUAACAAGUACAACCACAACUUCCGCAAUCAGUUCUGUGGUUGCGGUGAACAGUAUGAUGCGCAUCAAGAGAAAGGAACAAUGUUCCAAUGCCUCGGUCUCGGGGCGGUCGAGACUGGUGGCUGUGGUGAGGACUGGUGGCAUCCGGAAUGUCUUAUUGGCCUUCCCCGGGACUGGUACAAGAGCAAAGUGAGUGAGAAGCAAACGCCUUCCGAAGGCAAUGUCGCAGUGGUGAAAGACCACGUCCAGCCAGUAGACGAUGAUGAUGAUGAAACUCCCCUCCCUCCUGGGUUCCCUGCCGAGGAUGAUUUCUGGCAGCUCAUCUGCUUCAAGUGCAUGGACUCCAAUCCGUGGCUGAAGCCGUACGCGGGUACUCCCGGGUUUCUUCCCCCGUACGAGGGCGAAAUAUCCCCAGAACCCUCCACAAAGCGCAUCAAGGAUGAGUCGCAAUCAUCAACAUUGGCUCCUAUCAAAGAAGAACCAUCCACGAAACCCGAAGACUCAACCGAAGCUCCCAAUGCCGAUACACCGAAGACCCUCUCCCCGCAACCCAAACAUGCUUCUCUUCCUACCUCCGGUCCGCUGGGAUCAUUCUCACUCUUUGUGGAACAAGACUUCUACGAUCAUCUCUGCCGAUGUGCAGAAUGCUUUCCUAAGCUUGCGCCGUAUCCGCAGCUUCGUGAAGAAGAGGACACCUAUGAACCUCCUCUAUCUGACGAUGGCGAGGACAAUGCCGCCGCAAGCACCGGCACCGGCAGUCUUCUGGAACGCGGCGAAGCAGCCCUAAGCAAUGUGGACCGUGUGCGUGCCAUCGAGGGUGCCAUGAUUUACAAUCAUCUUCGUGACAAAGUAAAGGAUUUUCUCAAGCCAUUUGCUGAAAGUGGCCAGGCUGUUAGCGCAGAUGAUAUCAAGGGUUACUUUGAGAAACUGCGCGGUGAUGAGCAGGGUAUCAAAGACGCUGCUGGUCAGGCCGAGACGAUGGGAGGACGAGCCGGCGGUGGUGACGGCGAUGCCAGUGACAGCCGACGUGAGCAGAGCGGUUUUUGA